CGACAAGGGAAGAGAAACGUCAAGUUGUGGGGAGUUUGACUUGUUGAUUUGUGUUCACAGUGUUAUCAAUCAUGUCUUUGUAUCAUCUCUAUUUCUUUUGAUUAUGAUCUCGAGUGAGGAAGGAUGCUUUCAAGUGACAGUGAUAUAGGUCAGUAUUCAGUGGUAACUCCUAUUGAGGCAUCUCUGUAUGAUCGCCAUGGACAGGUUUUUGAAUCAGACAGUUACUCUGAAGCUUUCUCACAGGACAUGAUGGAUAGGAAUUACAACAAACACCAGGAUAGACAGAAAACCAAGAGCAGACAACUCCAUCAGCUGGAUUCAUAUAGCGAGGUUCAAAAUCUAACACAAGAUGAUAUGCAAGAAAUAUAUCAGGAACUUCAAGCGAUUAGUCAAAAACUUAAAGAAGAGAAUCACUUGCUUCACGAGAGAGAACUGAAGGUGAAGGAAAGAGAGCGCAUGAUCAGCAUCACCCGUUCCAAUAUUCAAACAAUCACAGAUCAUGAAGUGAAAAACAAAUGGCAGAGACUUGAACAGAAGCAUCAAGAAGAAAUCGUUAGGUUAGAACAAGCCUUGAAGGAGAAGACCAAAGAAAACAAACGCCUGAAGGAAAACUUUGAAACCCUAAAGCAGGCGAAUGACAGUUGUAAAAAAGAACUAGAAGAAUUGUAUGCACAGUACUCAAAGUUGGAGAAACAUGCUAAUGGAGCUCAGAAUAGACUGAAAAAUCUUCAGAGAAAGUACGAGUAUGACUCAAGGCAGCGUGAAGUCACUGCAUUUGAAUCUUCUCUGGAAGGCAUGUCCAAGCCAAAUAAACCUCACAAAGAUGUCGACAGGCCUAAAAGUCGUCCAGUUGUUAAAGGUCAAGGUUCAGUGUUGGACACCCUGGCUGUUCUGCUCGACUGGGUGUGUGACGCUCAUCUCAGACAAAUGGUUACCGAUCAACCAACAAAACCACUCGACAGAUACUCAUCACCCGAGUACUUGCAGGAAAAAAUACUGAGGGUUCUUCCAUCACUGGUCGAUAUUAUCAAAGAAAUUCCUCCAGGAAGCACAAAAUUCUCUUUGCCAUGUUUGCAGUUUAUUUACUGGUCUCUGAUCAACAUAGAACAAGGCCACGCCCUACAAAAAAAUAGUUUGUCUUCCACAUUGAGAAGACUUGGUGAAGAUGUUUUUCGGUCACGGUCUUUGUCGUGUGUUGAGGUCGACAAGGAUCACACACCACCUGGAAAGGGAGACAAAGCAAAAGAUGGAAUGUUCUUCCGAAGUUCUAAUCUCCAUGUACGCUUGCUGUCAUCGUUGAUUAUUCUAAAGACUCUGUCUCAAGCUGAUCUGUUGGCUCAGGUUUUUGAUGUUUUGAAAGUUGACAUGAAGAGUGAUGUUGCGAAAGAACUGUUUCUGUUCUACCAAGCUACGCCCGUGAUCAGUCACUACCUGAAACCUGUCAACAAGGCAUUCAUGGCACCAGCUGUCGACAUUUUGCUCCAGAUGGCCGCAGACUCUCCGUUCACUCAGGGUUUCUUGGAGAGCUGCAGCAAUGAAAAAUGGUUCCGCACCAUUGCCAUGAUUUUGCGUACUCCAGUGUCAGACAACAAGAUCUUUGAAAGACUCAGUGUGCUUCUGCAGAAACUUUCAAAAAUAAAAACAAACAAGAAGUAUUUUGAGGUUUACACAAUCGUCAGUAUUAUACAAGAAAUGCUGCUUCAUUCUGGGAAUGAGAUGGCUUUCCUCUCUUUGAAUCUCAAGUCCAUUGUGUUUAACCUGAACAGUUUGGAAAAGUCUUGAAGUGUGUACGCUGUGACCCACUGGCAAUGGUGCCUUAUUCAUCUGUGAUAGACACUUUACAAUGAUUUGUGGAACGAUUUAGAGACCACUUUGAACUGAAAUUUGUAGCAUCUCAAAAUGUUGCUUAGAGUCCAGUUACUACUGUAUUAUAAGAAAGAAAGAAGUUGAAAAUUAUUUUCCACAUUUAGGCAGCUAUAUAUUUAUUUCAUUUUCAAUGAAGGGGGGGGGGCAAUUCAUUAAUCAUCAGAGUUGGGGCAGUCCUACCCCCACACACACACACUUUUAAACAGUUUUUAUUCAGACUUCUACAUGAUGAUUUCCUAAUUUAUGCCUAAAUUAAAAAAAAAACCCACAUUUUAGAAUGAGAGGAGUUUGACAAAUCUGUAGGUGAUUAUUUAUUGCAAAAAUAAAUUUCAUAAGAGUAGAUAUGAAACAAAUUUACAAUUUGACAUAGGAAACUGAGCUUUAGAAAGAAAUGUCAAAUAGUACUGUAAGUGCAUGACGUUCCUUUCUUUCAUACCCAUUGGUGAGAAUAUCAUUUGUUACUAGUGAUGUUCCAAUGAUAGUUAUAAUAGAAAAUUUAUUGGUUUGGCUCUACCGAUGUGAUAGUUAGUUAUUAAAAUCCAUAAUCGAUUGUUUGGGAAAAUGUUAACUGUAAUUGUUCCUCCAGUUCAGUUGGUAGAAUUGGCGUAAAUAUGUUGGGGCUGUGGUUUGUUUUUAGGAGUAAGUAAAGAAAUCAGAUAUUCAAUAAUUAUUAAAGGUAAACUAAGAUUUGUAGGGUCUGUCGCAGUGAACACGAGAACAGGUGCAUAUUAUUCAAAUCAUCCUGAUUGUCAUAUAAUUUUAGCCAAUUGUGUAAUCGAAAGUUGAUGGUUAGUGCCAGCUGUUUAUAACAGGUGAUUGAUGAUGAAAUUCCAUCAUAUUCCCAUCACUACUAAUAACGAUUUAAACACAUGACUGGCUGCUCCUAGGGGAUGACUGGGUCACCACUGCCAUACCAUCCAAUGAAAACAAAAACACAAUUAAAAUUGAUUGCUCUGUGACGUAUAAGUUGACCUGAAACUGAUUUCUAUGUGACACAUAAGAUAACUACAACGUAAAUAAGUUUUCGUGGGAAAAAGAUGUUUACUUUUAUUUUAAACCUUUUUUUUUAAAGAUUUGUAAGAAAUAGAAUACUACCUUUUGGUCCGUUAAAUACCAUAUAUCUUACAACUCAUUGUUUAAAAACAGAUUGAACUUGCUCUUUUUUGUUUGAUGCAUUUUAAAACAACUUUUAAAGAUAAAUGGUAUCUAACAGCCUCUCACGUAGUAUUCUUUAUUUAAUAAACAAACUUUGUAUACUAAAAACCGAUUCAUACUGUAUAUUUUGUAAAUAUAAUUUAUAUAAAAAAAUAUAUACAUA